AUGUUGGUUUUAGUGAUCGGUGACUUUCAUAUUCCUGAUCGGAAACGCUCUUUACAUCCUGCUUUUAAAACACUUCUAGCGCCUGGAAAAAUACAGCAUAUAUUAUGCACUGGAAAUCUUACAACGAAAUGUAUGUACGAUUAUUUGAAACUAAUCUGUGGAGAUGUACACGUUGUCAAAGGAGAUUUUGAUGAAGGUUUAGAUUUUCCGUUAACAAAAGUUUUAAGUGUUGGAAAUUUUAAAAUAGGAUUAAUACAUGGUCAUCAAAUUGUUCCAUGGGGUGAUCAAAAAAGUUUAGCUAUGCUUCAACGGGAAUUAGAUGUUGAUAUAUUGAUCAGUGGGCAUACUCACAAGUUUGAAGCCUAUGAAUAUGCUGGACAUUUUUAUAUUAAUCCUGGUUCUGCAACCGGUGCAUCUAGUCCUUUUGAGAAAGAUCCACAACCGUCAUUUGUUCUUUUGGAUAUUCAAGAAACCGUGAUACAACUCUAUGUGUAUACUCUAGUCAAUGAUGAGCAUAAAGUCUCACGUAUAGAAUAUCAAAAGAAUAAGCAUAUUUAA